AGUAACCCGGUAUUUGAUUUUAUGUUGACAGGCUAGAACAACUAAACAAACGUGGUGUGUCUUAAUUUCUAUUGAAAAUACGUAGGUGAAGGUGUUCAGAAGUCAUGCCGACAACGCAGUCAUCACACUAGCUCAUUUUAGACAGGAAAACCACGUUCUAGUUCAUUGUGCAGAUCGAUUAUCUCGUGGCCCACCGUUGUUGUUGUAAUAUCUUCCGCCUGGGAGUUCGCCGACAGAAUAUCUGUUUUUUUUUUCAAAAAGUAUGUGGAAAGAUAAAGCGUAGACAAUGGAGACGGAUACGAAUUUGGACACCACUAGAGCUGAACUGCUAAACGAUGACGAUGAGCAGCCAACCAAGAUCAUAGUUGUGGGGACGAAAUGCAGACAAGACCCGGAGUUACAGAAAGCUAUAAAGGCCCUGGACAUUCCUGUGACUUUCUCCAAUACUGGGCUGGAACACAUCGCAGAGGCUGGCACGGAUGAUCUCCUGUUUGUCAUUGGGGAUUUUCAGGAUGAAGUCUUCCACAAACUUCACAGAGCGGAGGCGAGGAUUGUCGGGCCUCCUGUGGUCAUCAAAUGUGCCAAGUACAAUCAGACUAUUCCUCAGUGUUCUCGGGCUUUAUACUGCACAUCUAUGAGAGGCCUUAUCGUCUGCUUUACAGGCUUCUCAAAACAAAAACUGGUGAAGAUGGCAGAUCUGAUUCAUCACAUGGGAGGGAGUAUAAGGAAGGAUUUCAUCCCGUCUAAAGUCACACAUCUGGUCGCUAAUUGUACAGGAGGCAGCAAGUACAGGUAUGCAUUUAGCUGUGGAACGCCAAUCAUGAAUGAUGAAUGGGUGUCGAAAGCCUGGUCUAUGAGGGAUGACAUCACAGUCAAAGCUGACUGCGGAGAAUUGAUGAAGCACCGAAUGAAACCAUUCUACAAAUGCUUUUUAAGUUUUCAUGGUUUCUCAGAAGAAGAGAAAAAGCAUGUGGAAGAGAUGACCUUGGAGAAUGGUGGAACGCUGGCCCCUAUUGGUCACGAAGACAGCACACAUUUGGUGGUAGAUGACCACGCAGUCAAAGAGUUACCUCCCAUUUCCACCCCGCAGUUUGUUGUGCGACUAGAGUGGUUCUGGGCCAGUAUUCAGAUCGGGGCAUGUGCAGAUGAAACUAUGUAUUUAUUUGAUGAACAUAAGCAAGAACCCCAGAACGUGAACAAGUUUACCCCUACCUCAGCGAUGUCGAAAGCUCGGAAACGAAAGAGGCUCAAGGAGAAUAUCGCUCUCUUGGCAUCAGAGGGUGAAAUAGACUCCCCUUUCAUGUAUGCCAAACGCCCUUCAUUUGAGCGAGUCUCCAUGAGCCCCAACUCCUUCCUUGAUGCCUCAGGAACGCCAGAAAAGUCCAGUUUUCUUCAAGACACGACCCAGCCACUUGCUGAUUCUCCGCCCAAACCUCAGAGCACGACAAAGGCCAGCCCCAGGUUUCAAGUUGUCACAGAACUUCUACAGACAGAGAAAAACUAUGUGGGCAUUUUAGAGACAAUUCUGAAGGUUUUCAAAGAAGAGAUCGAAAAACCAUCUCAGUAUAAUGGACCCCUUCUGAAACCUCAGGAGAGUAAGAUUAUUUUCGGUAACAUCCCUCCGAUUUAUGAAGUGCACUGCAAGAUUCGGGAUGAGCUCGCUGAGAUCCUGUCAAACUGGAGAGAAGACCACUCUAUUGGCGAUGUCAUCCUUAAACAUGCAGAGAAGCUGGGUAAAAUCUACCCUCCUUUUAUCAACUUUUUCGAGAAAACAAAGGAGAUGAUUGCCAAAUGUGAUAAAGCUAAUCCUCGAUUCCAUGCUUUCCUCAAGAGGUGUUUGACAAAACCUGAGUGUGGCAGACAGACUCUACAGGAGCUUCUGAUUCGACCUGUACAGAGAUUGCCAAGUGUCAUGUUGUUAUUAAAUGAUAUUCUUAAGCAUACAAACAAGUCCAAUGCUGACCAUGGAAAAGUGGAAAAAGCCUUAGCGGCCCUCAAGGAAGCCAUGACACACAUCAAUGAAGACAAGCGGAAAAUAGAAGGGAAAGUGGCCAUGUUUGAUAUUGUCUAUGAUAUAGACAACUGUCCGCCCAACUUGUUGUCCUUCCAUCGUAACUUUGAAAUGAGGAUAGACGUGAUGGAGAUCAGCGGGGGACUAAGUGGAAGGGGAGACCACCUCAGCCUGUUUCUCUUUUCUGACAGCCUUGAGAUCUGUAAGCGACGGAUGAAGGCUCUGAACCAGAUGAAGUCCCCGCAUCACAAAACCCCCCACAAAACCCCGCAGAAGGCCUUCAAACACUUAGAGAUGAUGCCCCUGACCUCUGUCAAAAGAGUCCUCAAUGUUGUGGAAUCAGAUGAAUGUCGGAAUGCCUUUGCACUGAUCUGCAGAAACAACAGUGAAUUCAAGGAAAAAUUGUACAGUUUUACAAUAGACUGUGAUGAGACAAAGAAAAUGGACUUUCUGACAGCACUGAGUAAAAAUAUGGCAAACACCAUGUGCAGGGCAGAUUAUGAGAAUUUAAUGACCCAGGUGGAUGGAAAAGAGUUCAACAUCGACAUGACAGAUAUGGGAACUAACUCUAUCAGCAAGGCAUUCAAAUUUGGUAAACGAGUGAGCAGGGCUUUCUCGUUUAACAAGACCCCUCGAAAGUUGAAACGUGCAAUUUCCAACAUGUCCAACAUGUUCAGCCAGUUUCCACCUGAGACCAAUACCUAUAUGGGCACGCCGGGCAGUGACUUGAGAGGGCGGCGACUAGCCAGUAGUAUCGACCUCACGGAUGCCAGCUCCCCGCUGAGCAGCCUCACCAACAUACACGAGGACGGAUUUCCUGAUAGCGACACCGUCAGCCUGGGCGCCUUUUCCGUGCAGGACUUGGAUUCGCCGACUUUCACUCAACCUAGCCCCAUGGUGAAGCGGUCCAUGACUAAAUAUAUGACCAUGGGUCCUAACUCUACUGGCAAAUACUUGUGAGGAACGGAUCAACAUUAACAGUGCUUAUCGAGACAAAAAGAGUUGAAACAGAUGAAUGAAUCAUGUUGGGUGGUGGACAAAGGCUGCUUUCAGGAAAGGCAGUGUCAGAACUGUAAGGUGCCCACGUGUGCCAGAGCUGUAAGGUGCCCACGUGUGU